AUGCAGAGGUCAUUUCAUAUCCUUGGAAACCUCUCUGGUGAGCUUCGCCUCGCUAGUUGGGGGAGGUCAUGCACUCGGCCAGCACUCCCAAGCCGUCUUGCGAUCGGUGCAACGGCAGGAAGCUUUUCUUGCGUGCACCGGCAUCGCCGGAUCUUCAAAAUCUGCAAGGGCUUUUGUUGCCAUGCGAUAUCGGCCUCCUCAGCGUCACAUUUUGGUGACGCACGGAGACAGCCAGGAGUCCGGGCGAUUACUGGACUGUCAGCUGCCAAAAUUUCUGCCCUCCCCAUAUCGCCGGAGUUACAAGAAGGACUGCAGCGCUUAGGAAUCAGGAAGCUAGCCGAUGUCCAGAGGCAUUGCCUUCUGCGUGCACUGGCAGGCACAAGCCUAAUUGUUGCCGCACGACCAGGUGCAGGGAAAACGCUUGCGUAUCUAAUCCCUAUUUUGCAGAGAUUUGUGGCUGAGGAGAUGAAGGAUACGCUGAAUACUUCGGCUGAAGCAUAUUCGUUUCCUUUUGCCUUGAUCCUAGUCCCUUCACGGGAACUGGCUAGGCAGGUAACGAGCGUCGCGAUGGCCCUGCUGCCGCAAGCACCGGUAAUCCUCUUAGAUCCUACAUCUCCCAUGCGCCAACAUAAAGAGCUGCUGCAGCACAUUCCCGCUAAAAUUGUGGUAUCCACGCCAGAUAGAGUGUGCGCCCUGACAGGGUUUAGGCACCCACGGGGCAUGGGGACAAAACGAUCAGGACCGCUUGAGCCUUCUCCGCUUAGCUUAAACAAUCUGCGUGUGUUAGUCGUUGAUGAAGCAGACGCACUGUUGCGUCGUGACUACCACUCGAAAAUACAAUUCCUUUACCGGACUGCGCUCGGCUGUAAGGAUGGCAAAGGUGAUAAACAUUUGUCUGGCGAAGGUCUGCAGUGCUUCAGUAGCUCUCUCCAGCUACUUUGCUUUAGUGCUGUCCUAACGCAAAGUAUGCUUUCCAUCUUCGAAACAGACUUCCCACAGGUUGAGGUAUUAAACCUCCUUAAUGCAUCCAAACAUGUGAAAGACGGAGAACUGAGUCUAGGUGACGCCUUGAGAGACGACGGAAGCUAUGUUGAAGGCGUGGCAAUUGGAACGACACCAGCACCACAGAAAACUGGCGAACAACGACGGAACCAAACGAUUGAAGAAGAGCACAUGGAAAAGGAACGGAAGAUGCUGGCUUUGGCGGAGACCUUGAGAGCCUACAUUCCACGUGUGACUGCUGGAGAGAGGCAACCAAACAUGAGAAAUAGGGGAUCAGCUGAAGCUUCAGCAAAGAAGAGCUGCACUGUAGAUGACGAGGCAGAGGCACCGCUACCGACAAACAAUCUAGCAAGUGACUCUUUGGAAGCUCUCGAGGCAGCGGUCACUUCAGCGGGCCAUCAGCAGCCUCCAGGCGAAUCAGCAUCAUCAACAGGCAUAAAGCUCUCCAAAGACGACAUGCCGCCGCAGUGCAUUGUCUUCGCCGAUUCUCAAGAAGAGUGCAUUCAAAUAUGGAUACGCAAGAUCGCCAGCGUGCCAUGCAGAAUUUUAUACAGGGAGAUAGCUGGCCGUGCAGGCCGGGGCCAGACUCCUGGGACAUCAGUUGUAUUGUGCAGCAGCGCAGAGCUGCGUAAACUUCGGGGCAUCGAGCAGCUAAGCCACGUCAGCUUCGAGCGCCGGCCACUGCCAGCGGUUGGUGACUGUCAGGAGCUUACACUAAAACAACUAGCAGCGGACAUGUUAAACGUGCCCUACUCGCAGUACGCACCAUUGAUAGACUUGGCACAGCGACUUCAUGACAAGGCCGGGGACCAAGCCUUUGCAACCGUGUUGCUCAAGCUGGGAGGGGCCAGCAUGCACAGUGCGUUACAGCUCUCGAGCGCCAGCGACCGAUCAGCUCUCUCUGGAAGGCGUGGAUUUGUUCCGCUUCUGCUGUAUGACCCCACCCACGUGGUGGUGGGAAGGGUCGUUAAAAGUGUUAACGGCUUUGUAGCUGACGUCUCCACAACAUAUGCAGAUUACGUCGUAGAAGCUGCAGCAUUUGAGGAUGCUCAUUCAAAGGACUUCACAAGCGGAGAACUGGAUUCGCGUCUCAAUGAGCAGCGUGUUAAAGAGGCGUGGGUUCCAGUAUUUCACUUGGAACAACUUCCGCGCCUUCUUGGAGGUGGGAUCGGGAGGCGCAGACACGGACGCCGGCUGCCGUGGACACGAAUGAAGCUGUCCGUAGUACGUUCGAAGAAAGUGGCGCGCCGCCAAGCUUUGGAUAGAGAGCGAGUCUCCAGAAGCAACUCUUUGCAGCUUGAGGCCAUCAGGAACGUGAGCCUUGGCACUGCAAAUCGUUGA